UGUUUAAAUGUCGUUGUAAAAUAAAUAUUUUGCUUCAAAACAAGUGUCGUUUUAUAAUUUUAAUGUAAAAAAAAUUGAGUUUAUAUUCCAAUCUAUUUUUUUAUUAGUUGAAAUGUGAUUAUGUGUAUAGGUAAUAAUGCUUUAUUUAGAAAAUAUACAAAAUUAAAAGUUUUCUUAAUCCGUGUGGACAAAUAUAAAAUGAAAAUUAAAAUAGAACGGAGAGAAUUUAUAUUAUAUGAAUCUUCGUAAAACCAUAAAACAUAAAAAAAAAUGUGAAUCUUUAUAAAACAUGUAAAAUUAUGAAUUAUAAAACUAUUUAUGUAACAAUUUUUCAUAAAUUACAAUAUCAUAAUAAAUUAUUAUUAAUCAUGUAAAAUAUCAUAUAAAUCUUUUUAGUUGUUACAUUAUCGAAAAAGGGAAAGGGAAUAAAAGCGGAAAAUCAAAUAAGAAAAGGAAAUAGGGAAAACAAACUAAAAAAAAGGAAAGAGAGGGAAACAGAGUGGCUAUAUAUAUAUAUAGCUUACAGAACUCAAACUAACAAACAAACCUAACGAUUCAGAGAGAGAGAUGGAAGGUGAAGGAGUGUAUGUUCCUGCUUUCAGAAGGAAGGAGAAAACGAUCGACGCGGAGCGAGAAUCAUGGGACGAGCUAAAGAGAAGAAUCAACGCCUUGGUGAACAAGGUAAGCGUUCACAAUCUGCGUCAUGUAGUUUUAGAGCUCUUCGAAGAGGAUCUAAUUAGAGGCAGAGGUCUUUUGUGUAGAUCAUGCAUGAAAUCUCAGAUCGCUUCUCCUAGCUUCACCGACGUGAUCGCCGCUUUGAUCGCUGUCGUGAACUCCAAGCUCCCUUCGAUCGGCGAUCUCUUGUUGAAAAGGUUGGUUCUACAGAUCAGACGGGCUUAUGAACGUAGCGACAAGCCUCUGUUGCUGGCCGUAGUUAAGUUCCUCGCGCAUCUCGUGAACCAGCGAGUGGCUUGCGAGAUUAUCGCCCUCGAGGUUAUACACAUGCUUCUUCGUAAGCCUACGGAAGACACCCUCGAGGUCGCUGUUGUGUUUGUGAGAGAGUGUGGAGCUUUGCUUCUUGACCUCUCCCCGAGGCGUUUCGACGUGAUUUUCGACGUUUUUCGGAGGGUUGUUCAGGAAGGGGAUUUGGAGUUUAGGUCUCGGUGUUUGAUUGAGUCUUUGGUCGCUCUUAGGAGGUCUAAUUUCGAGGGUUAUCCAGCGGUUCGUGAUGAGUUGGAUCUCGUGGAUUCGGACGAGAAAGUGAUGCAUGUGAUCUCUCUGUAUGAUGAGUCUGAUCCUGAGACUUCUCUUGAUGUCUACAAGGCUGACCCUGAGUUCCACCACAACGAGAAGAAGUAUGAGCUUCUGAAAAGGAACAUACUUGGCGAGCAAGAAGAUGAUGAUGAUGAUGAUGAACGGACGCUUAUACAAGACCAUACAGAAACUGAUCUUGUAAGUCUGAGGAGGACAAUUUAUCAGACGAUCAUGUCGACUCUUAAUUUCGAGGAAGCAGGGCAUAAGCUGCUCCAAAUCCGACUCGAACCAGGUCAGGAGAUGGAGCUAUGCGUUAUGAUCCUAGAAUGUUGCGCUGAGGAGAAGACUUAUCGUCCUUUCUAUGGUCACUUAGCACAAAGGUUCUGCCUAAGAAGCAAAACGUACAGAGAAUGUUUCGAGGAUCUCUUUGUGCGGCAGUACGCGACGGUUCAUCGUCUAGAGACGAAUAAACCGAAGAAUGUAGCCAUUUUCUUUGCUCACGUGCUAGCCACGGAUGCUCUUCCGUGGCGUGUACUCGCCAAUGUGAGUCUGACAGAGGAAGACACAACAUCUUCUUCCCGUAUCUUUCUCAAGAUUCUUUUCCAAGAACUCUGUGAGCAAAUGGGGAUGAGAGCUUUGAAUGAGAAGCUUCAGGAUCCGACCAUGGAGGAGACUUUCGAGUCAAUCUUCCCCAAAGACCAUCCUAAGAACAUGAGGUUCUCCAUCAACUUCUUCACCUCUAUUGGACUUGGGGACAUCACUGAAAAACUCAGGCAGCUCCUGAUAAAUUAAAGCGUCAGAGGAUUUAUAGAUGAGACGGAGAAGACUAAAAGAAGAAGAGGUUGAUUAGUGUAAAAGCUCUCUACUAAAUAGAAAAUCAAAUAAAGGUUUUUCAUAUCGAUUGCCUCUUUUUUUUUUUACUUUGAUGAGCUAAAAAAAAUUCAAAUAUGUUUUAAAGCUAUGAUUUUUGUAUUUGGACACAAUAUCUUUUUAGUUCAAUCCUUUUUGUAUCUCUACUGAUGCUUUGUUGAGCCUAAUUUAUGUUCAAGGUUAACUAACACCUCUGUCCAGACUCUAAUCAUGUAGUACAAGUUGUGAUUAAAUAGAGAAUGAAGCUGGAAGAAAAAAACACAGCAAAGAUCAACUACAGGGCUCAUGUUCUUGUCAGAUAAGAGACUGAAACAAGAAAGUAUCGAGAAUCAGACCGAAUCAAGAAUCACAUAUUUGUAAGCAUUAGUUGAGCAGAGCCACAAAGAAGGGACUCUCAAGUGCUGCUGCUAUACGAUCUUUAUUGCUUUGUUGUUUAUUGACUGCAAUUUUACACCAAUUUGAGGAUCAGACUGGAACAUUUGUUCCAACUACAAACCAAAACUAUUAUAAACAAGAGUGGUCUGAAAUAUUGUACCUGCAGCGUCGGUUGCAUGACUCCCUGGUGCUACCCCGAAAACAAAUAUGCAAAAAAUAAAUAGAGAGAAUUAAUCACCCUUCAGUUAGCCUUAGUGAUUCUGAUGACUAUUGAAGAAGCAGAUUAAUCUUCAACCGCAACAGAUCCUUGUAACCUUGAAUCGAGUAGGAAGGCUUUUGAGAAGUUUUGCGUAGAUACAAAAGCCAAUAAGGUGGGGGACGUGACAAUGUGGAAGAGUUGGCGUGAGAGUAACUCUGCAUAAUUAAAAAGAUACCACAAUUUAGAAGACUCGACUAAAGAAAAAGAUAAGAAAAUCCCACUAACUUUCUUUGUGCUUACCUAAUGUAACUCUUGGCAUCAUAAACUUCAACUGAUUCUUAUGUAAUCACACGGAGCUCUCCAAUGAUAUCUCUUAUAAUGAUUUGUAGAUCGUCCAGGAACAAAAGAUAGGUUGAUCAAAUAAUAGGCAUAACGACUAGAAAUUCAAUGUUUGUAACGAAUUAAGAACAUAAAAAAUAUCAAAAAUCUCGAGCUGGUCUUGGUUCUACUGAGUACUCAUCGGUGAUCAGUACGAACACGCCAUUGUUUGUUACUUAGGUAAACAAUUGAGUUCUCAUUAACCAAUCUAGAACUAGGUGAUUCUCCACUGUUCACUCAUGCAGUAUAAUAUUUGUAAUAUAUUAUUUUAAUUAGAUAUGUAACUAAUCUGAUAUAAUGGAUUGCAUUUACAUAAUUUAUUUUAAAUAAUAUAUUUUUUUAAUUAGAUAUAUAAUUAUACAUAUAAUAUCUAGUUAGUUUGGUAUUAUUUGGAUAUAAUGGAUUGUAUCUACUUCAUCGAAUUCAACUUAAUAAUUUUUUUUGUUAUAAAUAAAUUAAUGUUUCUUCAAAUGAUCGAAUCCCUCUAUGCAAAUUAUGAAAUCUAUAUCCGGCAAUGAUCAAGAGGUGCUUACUAUUCUCGAUCAUUUCCAAACAUAACUCAUGUAUCUGAUAUUUGUCGGCAAUAUUAGUUCUUCUCAUAGUUUUUACCGGAAAGAAAAAGAAGAACACAAUUGAUUAAGUUAAUUGAAUAAACUCCUUAAAUUAAGAAGUAAUCAGCUCAUCUAGAAAAAAAACACUAUCAGUUGUUCUCGAGUUCUUAGUUCUUACCAUGUUGAUAUUUUGUUUCUCUACGACAAGUCCAGACAGUC